AAUGUCCCGAGAUUGUACAGGUACACUCUGUACGAUAUUGGACUCAUCAUCGAAAAAUUAAUGGGAGGAGCGUACAGAUCAUCUUACUGCAGAAGAAAAUUUCGUCAUCUGUACAACAACGUGAUGAGGAAAAUAAUUGCCGUCAGUGCUACACCUACUCUCAGCCAAACUAUUAACACGAAUGCUAUCAACUCUCCUUGCGAGACAGCGUGCCUCCGCGAUCUCAGGUUCAACUACCCCUUCAACGAACUAUUGUUGUGGGCAGUUCUCACCAACCGCCAAAAGAUGGCGCUCUUCAUGUGGCAAAAUGGCGAAGAAGCUAUUGUUAAGGCCCUGGUGGCUUGCAAGCUGUACAAGGCCAUGGCACAGGAAGCAGCGCAAGACGAUAUGGAAGCAGACGUUUGUGCAGAGAUGAGAAAUAAUGCCAGGGAAUUUGAAAACCUUGCAUUAGAUCUGCUGGACUACUGCUACAGGUCUGACGUUCAUAUAAGUCUUCAACUUCUGACGUACGAACUGCAAAACUGGAGCAAGCAUACCUGCUUGGGGAUAGCUGUAGCUGCCAAGCACAGUGCCUUCUUGGCACACACGGCUUCCCAGAUGUUAGUUGCCGAUCUAUGGAUGGGAGGGCUGAGAACGAGGAAACACACUAAUCUCAAGGUAAUUUUAGGUUUACUUUUCCCUAUCACCAUCAUGUACUUGGAAUUCCGGAGUCGAGAAGAACUCCAACUAAUGCCCCAGACAGAAGAGGAACACUUUCUGGAAAUGGCUGAAAUGGACGAUGAAACAGAAGGAUCCGGAGAAAAAGAGAAAAUGGUCAGGCAGACACCGAGACCGCUCAGAGAACAAUAUGAGUCCUACGUGAGCAUUCGCUCAGGCAGUAUUUGCAACUCGAGUACACGCAUCAAUAAAAUUGAAAACGGGAAAGUGUUCCCCUUCGAAAUCAGUCUGGACAGCGACAAGGACAGGAUGAAAAGUAAACAGAAGCCACUUAAACUAGGAAAGAAGAUAUACGAAUUUUACGGAGCUCCCAUUACGAAAUUUUGGGGACACACUAUGGCAUAUGGAAUCUUCUUGGUGCUAUUUACAUACGUAGUCCUAGUAAGAACGGAAGAUCAUAUGUCUUGGCAAGAAGCUUAUGUCACAUCAUACAUCUGCACUCUUGGCUUAGAAAAGAUCCGUGAGGUAGUGGCAUCUGAACCUGUAAAUUUUGCUCAAAAACUGGCUGUGUGGGUAGAAAAGAAAUGGAAUCCUUGUGAUCUUGUUGUGAUUAUAUUCUUCUUAGUGGGUGUUUCUCUGAGACUGAAUCCAGCUACCAAGGACUACGGAAGAGUUAUCUAUUGCCUAGACAUUAUGUACUGGUACAUCCGGUCACUAGAUUUCUUAAGCGUCAACAAAUAUCUUGGGCCGUAUGUUACCAUGAUCGGUAAAAUGGUUAUCGAUAUGAUUUAUUUCGUGGUGCUGUUACUGGUAGUGUUGAUGAGUUACGGCGUAGCCAGACAAGGUAUAUUAAACCCUGACGAAGAACCGUCUUGGGGCCUGGUGCAACACAUAUUUUUUAUGCCUUACUUCAUGCUUUACGGAGAAGUGUUCGCUGAUCGGAUAAAUCCAUCAUGUGGUGACAAAAUUGGGCAAACUCCAUGUCGUCCUGGAAUGUGGAUCAACCCAGCAAUUAUGGCUAUUUACUUAUUAAUAGCGAAUAUACUUUUAGUCAAUUUGCUAAUAGCGGUAUUCAACAAUAUCUUCUUUGAAGUGAAUAACAUGUCCCAAGAAGUCUGGAAGAGCCAGCGAUUUAAAGUUGUUAUGGAGUACGAACAAAAACCUUUACUUCCACCGCCUCUCAUAGUUUUCUCUCACAUUCAUCUACUCAUCAAGUACUUCUUAACACGAUGCCAAGGCAAGGAGGAUUCUUUCGACCACGGCUUAAAGCUUUUUUUAUCCGAAAAUGACGUUCAGACGAUUUACGAUUUUGAAGAAGAAUGUGUUGAAGGAUAUUUCAGGGAAAAAGAAAUGCAGCUAAAUAUGUCUACAGAGGAACAAGUUCGAUUUACCACGGAAAGGGUUGAGACGAUGUCGCAAAGAAUAGAAGAUAUUAAUCAUCGUGAGAAAGAGUCAACGGCCUGCAUCAAAACCCUCGAUUUCCGGCUUACUAAAUUAGAAGAUUUAGCUGAGCAAACCGCGGCUUCCCUUGCAGUCAUUCACCGUUACAUAGUCACAUCGAUGGCCGAGCCAGGAUCCGGAAAAGGACCGUCUUGUCACUCGCACAGGAUGACUUCUAUAUGCGAUGAAUCAGAGCCAUCUGGUGACGAAGAUGACGAUGAGCGAACGCAAAGGUACGCGCCCCUCAGGAGUAAUGGAGCACCAAAAAUAAUAGAACCUACCAACGAAGCGUUGGUAUUGGACGAGGGAGCAAGCACUUCGAAGGCUGACACUUCGAACAAAGUUCAGUUCAGUGAAUACCGAGAAUCGGUUUCUGCACAGAAUUCGCUCACACCUCAGUACUCAGUUGAUUCGUCGGAUAAGUCAGUGUUCAUUGGAGGUCGCCACCAGCGCCGGUUAUCCAGAACUGCGAUUGAUAGGCUUGGUCUUAUGCGCCAGAGUACGGUUCCUGUCCAUGACACAUUUAAUGUACAUUCUAUGGACUCAGAAGCUGGAUCUGAGCCAGCACUUACACGAGGCAAUAGCAUUUCCCAAAUGGAGAAUGGACAAGUUAGCAAUCUACUACCGGCAAAGCAACCGGUAGAGCGAUCUGCAUCUGUAGCCGUAGGAGGUAUGAGACGAAAGAAUACCAUCAACACCAGCGAAUGUAGCCUCUAUCCUCCUAUGGGAGGGCUGAGACCCCACUUGGGACUGACGCGGGGCGAGUAUACCAGCAUCACAGACGAUAUCGAGAGCUUUUCUAUGUCCAGAUUCACAAGACCAAGAGCAACUUCUCCCCUCACGCACACAUUUGGCCCAUCGUUGUCUUUUUCGCGACAGAAUAGUGCCGAAUAUCAGACAUUGCUGUCUGUGGAGUCAGAGAUACUCCAUGGAGCUGAAGAAGCAGAUUACCAUAUGAUGGGAGGCCUUAUCAAGCGAAGACUGCACAGAGAUUCCGAAAACCUGACCGUAAGUCUUGAGGAAUUAUGUAGCGUGAAGGGUGAGUCGGAUUCCGACCUAGACGACAAUGAUGGACAGUGCUUCAGCUCUCUGAGGUGUGACGGGUUACCUGGAGGCAUGAGCCCCUCGCCGUCUGCUCCCAACGUGACCAUCGAUCCUGCGUCAGAUUCUUCACUCGAUGAGCCCUUACCCAAAUCUCAAUCUGCUCACUCCAUACAGACGCUUAAGUCUCAUAUAAAAGGCACGGAAACUUCUUGUUAAUGGACAUCUGCAAGAAAUGUGGCAGAAAGUACAGCUCGAGAAAGAUGUGUUGGCGAGGAUUUCUGUGCUUAUAAUAACAAUGCUCACUUAAAUAAUAACAACAUUGAGUUUUUGAAAAUGCGAAGAGAAAGAUAAAUAUUUUGAAAAUUAAAACAAAGUCUGGUGGAUAAUUGAAUCCCAUUUUCUAAAUAUUCAGCUGGAUGUGAAGAUCACACAAAGGAUGGUCUCCAUUCUAAUCGAUGGCUAAUAAAUUAAAUACUUAUGUUUAAAAUCCAACACCAGUGUGCUUUGACAUUUCAGUACAUAGCACCGUGAUACUUAAUUGCAGAAGAUAAUUUAAUGCCAAAGUAGAAUACUUAUUUAUCGUGUCUCUGAGCAAUUAGCAAAAUGUUGAAGAAUUUUCCUGGCAAAUUAAUAUCAAUAUGUAUUAAAAACAUGAAUAUAUAUAUGUAUUAUAAAAAUUUGAAGAUAGUUGAUUGUCAUUAUUUCACUAAAAAUGUCCUGAAAUAUAUGUA